AUGUCAGACGACAAUGACUUUAUGCAAGAUUCAGAUGAAGGGUAUGACUUUGAGUAUGAGGACGAUGAAGAAGAUGAUGAAGAUGUUGAUAUCGAGAAUAAAUACUAUAAUGCAAAGCAGAUCAAAGCUUCUGAUCCUGAUGCAGCUCUGAAGGAGUUCCUGGAAAUACCCGCACUAGGGAAUGAAAAAGGGGAUUGGGGCUUUAAAAGCCUUAAACAAGCUAUUAAGUUAGAAUUCAUGCUAGGACGUUACGAUAAGGCAUCUGAGCACUAUGCUGAACUACUAACCUACGUCAAAAGCGCUGUAACCAGAAAUUAUUCUGAGAAGUCUAUUAACAACAUUCUUGACUUUAUGGAAAAAGAGUCCGUCAAAGAUGAAGCAGUCAAAUGCAUGGAAAACUUUUAUUCACAGACUCUACAUUCGUUUCAGAGUACAAACAACGAACGACUAUGGCUCAAAAACAGCAUAAAGCUUGCAAAGCUAUUCUUAGAUCGCAAAGACUACGUUAUGGUAAAGAAUAAAGUAAAAGAAUUACACAAAUCGUGCGAGAGGGAGGAUGGAACAGAUGACCCGAGCAAAGGAACGUAUUCGCUGGAAAUAUACGCUCUCGAAAUUCAAAUGUAUGCAGAAAUGAAGAGCAAUAAACAAUUAAAGAGACUUUAUGAAAGGGCGCUACAAGUCAAAUCUGCUGUUCCACAUCCUAAAAUAAUGGGUAUUAUUCGCGAAUGUGGUGGUAAGAUGCACAUGAGCGAAGAAAAUUGGAAAAAUGCACAAAUUGACUUUUUCGAAUCAUUUCGUAACUACGAUGAAGCAGGCUCUUUACAACGUAUUCAAGUACUUAAAUAUUUGGUUCUCACCACUAUGCUUAUGAAGUCUGAUAUCAACCCAUUUGAAUCUCAAGAAACCAAGCCCUACAAGAACGACUCACGAAUUGCUGUAAUGACAGAUUUAGUUGAUUCCUACCAGAAGGAUGAUAUUCACCGAUACCAAACAGUUUUGAAUAAUAAUCCAGACCUACUGACAGAUUCCUUUAUCGCUGAAAAUAUUGAUGAAGUUACGCGAAACAUACGGACCAAAGCAAUUCUUCGUCUAAUCGCGCCAUACACACGUUUUCAUCUGUUAUUCAUCAGUAAAAUGCUCCAAAUCCCGGUGUCUGAGGUUCAACACAUUCUCAGCCAUCUCAUUGUCGAAAAGCAGGUCCUUGGCAAAAUUGAUCAAAAAGAAGGCACAGUGCAACUUGACGACAACUAUGAUGAUGGGCGACUCCGAGGAAUGCUUGAAUGGGGUUUGGCUAUUGAAUCUCUAUAUCAUACAGUGUUUUCGGAGAGCGAGGGUUUCCGAGCUUCUGAAGUUCCACUAAUUGAAGAAUCGAUUUCUCACGAGCCAUCAGGAUCCAGGCGAAAUGCAGGAGGAAACUCUGUGUACAUAGGAGACAACAAGAGGCGUGGAAAUGGAAAAUAA